CGCUCCCGACGCACUUGGAGCCCGGCGGGGACCGCGAGGCAGAAGCAGGCGACCCUGGGUCCGAGUGCGGGAGCUGAGCCGGGAUCGGGGGCCGAAGUUUGCCUGCGGCUCCAGGAGGCGGCGCGGGAGCCCCGGGAGGCCACCAGCCCCUUGCCUCCGGGGCCCUCGUCUGGGACCCCCCCGGCAGCCCGGGCGACGCGAGCCGCGGCCCGGCCAACUCCGAGGCGGGGACGCCGCGACGGGCAACUUGAGGCCCGAGAGGCAUGUGAAGCCCAAAAUGACCCUCCUACCGGGAGACAACUCUGAUUACGACUACAGUGCCCUGAGCUGCACCUCCGACGCCUCCUCCCACCCGGCCUUCUUCCCGCAGAGCCAGUCGCUCAAGGGCGUCUUCUACCGCCGGGCGCAGCGGCUGCGGCCCCAGGACGAGCCCCGCCAGGGGGGCGCGCCGGACGACCGGCGGCGGCGCAUCAUCAUCAAUGUGGGCGGCAUCAAGUACUCGCUGCCCUGGACCACGCUGGAGGAGUUCCCGAUGACGCGGCUGGGCCAGCUCAAGGCCUGCACCAACUUCGACGACAUCCUCAACGUGUGCGACGACUAUGACGUCACCUGCAACGAGUUCUUCUUCGACCGCAACCCGGGGGCCUUCGGCACCAUCCUGACCUUCCUGCGGGCGGGCAAGCUGCGGCUGCUGCGCGAGAUGUGCGCCCUGUCCUUCCAGGAGGAGCUGCUGUACUGGGGCAUCGCCGAGGACCACCUGGACGGCUGCUGCAAGCGCCGCUACCUGCAGAAGAUGGAGGAGUUCGCCGAGAUGGUGGAGCGGGAGGACGAGGACGACCCGCUGGACAGCGACAGCCGCGACAGCGAGGGCCCGGCGGCGGCGGAGGGCGAGGGCCGCCUGGGCCGCUGCAUGCGGAGGCUGCGCGACAUGGUGGAGAGGCCGCACUCGGGGCUGCCCGGCAAGGUGUUCGCCUGCCUGUCGGUGCUCUUUGUCACCGUCACCGCCGUCAACCUCUCCAUCAGCACCUUGCCCAGCUUGAGGGAGGAGGAGGAGCAGGGCCAGUGCUCCCAGAUGUGCCACAACGUGUUCAUCGUGGAGUCCGUGUGCGUGGGCUGGUUCUCCCUGGAGUUCCUCCUGCGGCUCAUCCAGGCGCCCAGCAAGUUCGCCUUCCUGCGGAGCCCGCUGACCCUCAUCGACCUGGUGGCCAUCCUGCCCUACUACAUCACCCUGCUGGUGGACGGCGCCGCCGCCUCGGGCCGCCGCAAGUCGGGCGCGGGCAACAGCUACCUGGACAAGGUGGGGCUGGUGCUGCGGGUCCUGCGGGCGCUGCGCAUCCUGUACGUCAUGCGCCUGGCCCGCCACUCGCUGGGGCUGCAGACGCUGGGGCUCACGGCCCGCCGCUGCACCCGCGAGUUCGGGCUCCUGCUGCUCUUCCUCUGUGUGGCCAUCGCCCUCUUCGCCCCGCUCCUGUACGUCAUCGAGAACGAGAUGGCCGACAGCCCCGAGUUCACCAGCAUCCCCGCCUGCUACUGGUGGGCCGUCAUCACCAUGACCACCGUGGGCUACGGAGACAUGGUCCCCAGGAGCACGCCCGGCCAGGUGGUGGCGCUCAGCAGCAUCCUCAGCGGCAUCCUCCUCAUGGCCUUCCCCGUGACCUCCAUCUUCCACACCUUCUCCCGCUCCUACCUGGAGCUCAAGCAGGAGCAGGAGAGGGUGAUGUUCCGGAGGACCCAGUUCCUCAUCAAAACCAAGUCGCAGCUGAGCGGCAUGUCUCAGGACAGUGACAUCUUGUUUGGAAGUGCCUCCUCAGACACCAGAGACAAGAACUGAGCCCCGGGGACACCCCGCGCCACUGCCGCAGCCGCCACAGCCGCCUCCGCCGCCGCCAGGACAGCCCCAGCCCUGCCUGCCCUCCGUGGCUAGACGCCAUCGCCGCAGAAGCCUCCGAAAGGCACGUGCUGAUCCUGAAUGUGUCCCUGGCAGAGGACCCACCCAACCCACACCCUGGGGUGUUCGUGACACCCGCACGGGGGUCCUGCCCUCCUCGGCCAGCCGAGCUGGCCACGAGCCCAGCACACAGCCGUGACGGUCCCCCCGCCCCCGCGCGCCCCCGUGCACCCCAACCCUCCAGCCUGUCCCCGCCCCCCAUAAGGAGAGGGCUUUCCCUCCCCACCAUGUAAAUACGCCCAGUGAAGACUCGCUUUACGGCUCUGCCUGGA